GCCAUGUUUGCUAAGGUAGUUAGUUGCCAUUGUUAGUUUUGUGGAUGUUGAAUAACGUCACAUUGCGUUCAUUCCUCAGGACAAUUGUGUAAGAGAAGGCGAAGGCCUAUGUAAGCUUGGACGCGGAACUUAAAACGGUGGUGUCUUUCCACGGCGUUCACUUUUCAGUCCUACAAGUCCAAGCAAGCGGUCUUUCUAAAGAAACUAUUCCGUCAACUUUUAUAAACAUUCUAUAAAAAAAGCGGCAAAAUAUACUGCGAUGGCGAGUGUUAUAUUUCUUCUUUGGUGUCUUCUUGCUUCUUUUGAAGCCGCUUACGGUGCCGAUUCGGGUUGCGGUGGACCCCGUGAGCUCACCGCGGAUAGCGGGACCUUUUCCUCGGCUAACUACCCUUCACCGUACCCAGCCAACCUCACUUGCGAAUGGCUCAUCUCACCCGGCCCGGGUAAGGUCACCAUGCUGCAGUUCACCGCAAUUCAGAUAGAGGGCGGUUUUCGUCCAGGCGAAUGCCCCUACGACUCCGUGACGGUGUACGAUGGAGGGGAUGCCAGCGGGCCAUCGCGAGGGGCGUACUGCAUGACCAACGUACCGCCGCCGGACCUGGUCUUCUUCGGUGACGUUUUUGUGGUGUUCACGUCUGACGACAGGAACGCAAUGCCUGGUUUCUCAGCAUGCUACUCUACUUCAACGCCACCAUCACUUCCGACACCAUGUGACAAUGGUGGGCCACAACCGCCGACACUCCCACCUCUGAGACCUGUCACCGCCUGGGUCGAGUCAGGCUGCGGUGGUCCACGUGACCUCAGCGGCCCUAGCGGUUCCUUCUCAUCACUGCAGCACCCUACCACCUACCCGCACUCCCACCACUGCGAAUGGCUCAUCACCGUCGACCCUGGUAUGGUCGUGACGUUGACGUUUGAUGCGUUUGACGUGGAGCAUCACGACACGUGUUCGCGCGACAGCGUCCUCGUGUACGACGGACCGAACACCUCUUCGGGGCUCAUCGGGGAAUACUGCGGGAACGUCCCGCCCAGGAGAAUCGUGUCGUCCGGUGAACAGCUGUACAUUAUCUUCAACACCGAUAACGCCAACGCCUCGACAGGAUUCUCAGCGAGUUUCUUGUCAGCUGAUCCGAGUCAAGUGACGGAUCUGCCUACAACAGCCACGAGCAGAAGUCACGUGACAACGGCAGAUGGCAGCCACUUGACUCAGCGACCAAUGACAGACCGCACAACUGAAGAAAGUACUCGUCCAGCUGGAGGGGCACGGAGCAGUUUCCAGGCGACCCAUAUCGCCUGGAUGUUAGUGAUGGGGAUUGUGUGGAUGUUUCUAUGGUAGAGUUAGCGUCUAUUGGGCAUUUGCGAUCACGUGACUAUGACUUAGGAAUUGUCUGCCAUAUUGAGUGGAACCAACCAACAUGGUGAUUAUGACGUCACGUGCAAAUCCCUAUGUGGUCGUGCGCAAAACAUCCAUGGAUGAGGUUAUUGUUACAACCCCUUCGCUAAUAUCAUGAACUAUAUAUAUUUUGUAGACUAACGUUUUGCGAAAAUUGACAGAAGAUUAGAUUGAAUGGCCAUUGAUUGCACCACGCCUUCUUCCAUUUGUGACGAAGCCACUUCUGAUGAUCUGUUUUAGCACUUUUGGGGAACGCUUGUGUCAGGAGGUCGUUUUAUUUUUAUUCUAUGUAUCUCUUCCGAAAUUGUGUUGUUUACAUUUUUCUUAAUUGCCAGUGCCCGAAUGUCAGCUUUAUAGUACUGUAUAUAUUAGUCCUUUUUUUGAAUAUUCUGUUACACCAUUAUAUCAAGUGCACUAAAACAUAGAGUUGUUUUUCAAUAAAUUGUUUUGUCUGUGUCACCAUGAAA